CGCCUUCGCCUGUCACCUACCCCCCACUCACCCCCACCAAAAUUCUCUCUCUAUAAAAGGUCUCUGCUUCCAUUUCCAUCGCUCUCUCCACAGCUCCGUGUUUCCCUUUUACUUCACUCUCAAUCUCUCAAUCCUUUCUAUACUCCCGCAGAGCAAUCAACUCCGGGAAUUGUAUGGCCGGCUAUUUGCAGACUACUACCCGGAGACUGGCCAGCAUCGGUAAUCGAUUUGUGAGCCAGAUCAAGUCCUCCUCCUCUCUCUCUCCUUCCUCCUCCUACUUCCUGCUUAGGAGGGCCGUUCACGGAUCAGUGUAUGACAAGAACCCGGAGGAACACGUUACUUCAACUGCAGUACCAGACGAUGUAAUCCAACCACAGUCGGAGGAGUACUGGGCUCCACACCCUCAAACCGGGGUGUUUGGCCCGUCCACCGAGCAGAACCCUGUAGCUUGUGGGGAGCGCGGCCUCCACACCUCGGAUGUUAAUGCACCUGAAGGCUCUGUGCUGGAGCAGAAGGCAUUUUUCCGCCCCCUUGAGGAUUUGGAGAAGCCGCCACCGCAGCCUUGAGUUGCAAAAGAACCUAUAUGUAUCUCAAUAGUCCUUCCUCUCGUGGCGUGUAGAAAACUAGAGGACGCUGAAGGGACUGUAGAAGUUUGAAAUUAGCAUACCUUUGUCUUGAUAUGUUAACGCGUUAUUAGUAUCUACGUGUGAGACUUGCCUUUUUAUGUGUUCGUAAGAUCGUAAGGUAGCUCCGCGGUUUCAAUCAAAACCCAAACCCAAUUAUGUUGAUUUAUCCAAAGUUGCCUACUAAUAAUUUGUUCAA